GAUAACUAGUAGAGUUUUUUCAAACUAACCUUAUAUCACCCAGCAUUGGUCAUCGAGGAAGACGUUAGCUCAGCAUGCGUACUUAUCUUGGGUAUUUCAAUCGAUAAAUCAAAACAUUGAUGGUAAUCGGUGAAACAUGACUUUCGCUCGAAAAUGCUUAACCUAAUGAAAAAUUCUUUGCAAAAUAGGUAGCUGAAUGUCUACUUCGUAAUUUAGGCAAAUUUAUUCGUUAGUUUUGAUUUUAUGUCGAGGGCCUUACUCUGUUUUUUUCUUUUCUUUUUACCGUUGUGGUGUUAAACAGAUGUAUGUUUCUUGUGUAUAUUGACUGGUUGUCGCCUCAUCAUCCCAGCGUAGAAUGCUUUUAAGUUGUUCGUAUCUUCCUGCGAAAGCAGUUUCCUUAUGAACUAAGUGGUUUGUAAAAACAAAUAAGGUCCAUCGUAGUCCCUACCAAAAUCAUCGAUUAUAAUUGGCUUUACAAAACUGUAGACACUAAAAUUGUUGUCGAGGUUUAUUUCAACAUUCUCCAAAACGUAUAUUGCUAUCUAGUUAAGGAUGACAGUUUCAUGUUUAACAGAGCGUGAUCAUGUUACAUACAGUGGUCGAUUUCAAAUCCUCCCUAACUCAUUUAGCUUUCAUCGUCAGUAUACACAAAUCUACUUGGCACGUUUAGCUUCGGCCAAGCCAGUUUUAUCAAAGUUGGCUGAACACAAAUGGACAAGUGCUGGUCGUUCUCAUUUCCCUAUUCGAUCACUAGCUGAUUUAAAUGCUAAUGAAAUGUGUGUUAUCAUCGGUACAGUAUUCAAGGAAAUGCGUUUAAAACCAAGUGUAUUACGUGAUAUUGCGGUUAUGGAAACAGACAAUGUUGGUUCAGAAAAUCAUCUCGCUUCAACAGAUAUCCAGUCAAUGGUUCGCCUAACAUCAGAUGAUGAUUCACUUUACCUCGAAGAUGAAGUUCAGCGUAUUAAUUUGUGUUUACCUAGUAAAAUGUCAAAGCUUUGGUUACCAGCUAAUUUGAUUACCGGUAUUGUCGUAGCAGUCCUUGGUCGUGAACUUGAAUCUCAACCUGGUUUCUUUCAUGUAGAAGAUAUCAUGUUCUUGGAACCUCAACCCGAAAGGCCUAUCGCAAUCCAUACGAUUUCUCAUGCUGAUAGCAAUCCUGCAGUUUUUCGUAGCUCAGGUCCUUGGCUUGGUAUUGUUUGUGGUUUAGGCUUUGCGGGUAGUGGUCAUGUUAAACCUGGACAUUCAAUGGCCCUUCAACUACUUGCUGAUUGGAUACGCUGUGCUGGGGACUUUGACGGUACACUGGAGUCCCAUACAAAUUCUGGUUUGGUCCGUCUCUUGAUCUUAGGUGAAUCGAUUAAAUCUUCAGGAUCGACUAUGGAUGAAGAUAGUGAUAAGUGUACACCAGCUAUGCGUCUUACACAACGUGCUCGCUACUUAACUCGUAAUGCAGAUGCAGAAACCGUUACUGCUAUGGCUCGACUAGACCAAUGGCUGGCCAGUCUUCCCAUUGGACCAGGAUGCAACAAUGGUAGUGCAGCUAGUAAUGGUAUUGCCAUAGAUUUACUACCUGGCCCAUCCGAUCCUACGUCAUUACUCAUGCCUCAACAGCCUAUUCAUUCAGCUGCACUACCUUGCGCUGUUUCCCGUUCAGGUGGUGUCGGAAGUGGACAUUUAUGUGGUCGUACUAAUCCGUAUAGCUUUCUAUUCGAAGGUCGACGUAUUCUUGCUACUUCUGGUCAGGGUGUUAAUGAAUUGUAUAGGUAUACAAAAUUAGAGAAGGCUUGUGAUCGAAUGGAAGCCACUUUACUUUGGGGUCAUUUAGCACCUACUUGCCCUGAUACCUUACCAGGCUAUCCAAUGAUUGAUAAUGAUCCCCUGCUUUUUCACUCAUCCUAUUCUACUGAAUUUUCCAAUAAUAUUAGUCAUGAUUAUCCUGAUAUAUAUAUUGCUGGUUGUCAACCUGAAACUACUCCAUCAUGGCGACGUGCUAGAUUACAUUGGAAUGAAGAAAUCAGUGAAGAUAAUUCAGGUGCACUCUUAGUAUCUGUACCACGUUUUGAUGCAUCCUAUUCUAUUGUACUUAUCAAUUUAAGGUCACUUGAAUGCCGUGUAGUUCGUAUCGAUUUAAGCCUAUUAGAUGAAUAAGAUAAAUUAAUUGUUGAAAGUCUCUCUUUCUCUUUUUUUGGCAUUUCUACUCUUGUAUAUUUACGUUUUUUGAUGUAAAUGCUUGCACGCAUAUCCGACUUAUUUGUUUUGUUUACAGUUUAUUUUUAUAAAAGAAAGAUUUUAGUAUUGAAAUACAUAUAGAAAUUUGCA